CAGGAUGCCCUACCGACUUUUCCAAAUGCUGAAGCAUUUGCUUGCAUUGAGAGAGAGCUGGGUUUACCUCUUGACUCCAUCUAUUCAUCAUUAUCUCCAUCUCCAAUAGCUGCUGCUAGUUUAGGCCAGGUUUACAAAGCCCAACUAAGGCUGUCAGGCGAGCUUGUUGCCGUGAAGGUUCAGCGACCUGGUAUCGAAGAAGUCAUUGGACUGGAUUUCUACCUUUUAAGAGGCCUGGGCUUCCUCAUUAAUAAGUAUGUUGACUUCAUCACAACCGAUGUUGUGGCUCUAAUUGAUGAAUUUGCUCGAAGAGUAUACCAAGAGCUCAAUUAUGUGCAGGAAGGCAAAAAUGCUCGGAGAUUUAAAAAGCUAUAUGCUGACAAGGCAGAUGUGUUAGUACCAGAUAUCUUUUGGGAUUACACAAGUACAAAGGUUCUGACAAUGGAAUGGGUAGAUGGCAUCAAACUUAACCAACAGGAAGCCAUUGAGAAACAGGGUUUGAAGCUAUUGGAGUUGGUGAAUACAGGUAUUCAAUGUAGCCUAAGACAACUGCUUGAAUAUGGCUACUUUCAUGCAGAUCCUCAUCCUGGCAAUCUUCUAGCAACUCCAGAGGGAAAACUCGCUUUCCUUGAUUUUGGGAUGAUGAGUGAGACGCCAGAACAAGCUAGAUAUGCUAUCAUUGGUCAUGUUGUUCACUUGGUUAAUCGAGACUACGAAGCCAUGGCUCGAGAUUACUAUGAAUUGGAUUUUCUAUCUCCUGAUGUCGAUGUUUCUCCCAUUGUGCCGGCUCUUAGAAACUUUUUUGAUGAUGUUCUUAAUGCUACUGUUAGCGAACUCAAUUUCAAAACCCUUGUUGACGGCUUGGGUGCUGUUUUAUAUGAUUAUCCAUUCAAUGUUCCAGCUUACUAUGCAUUAAUAUUGAGAUCACUUACAGUGCUUGAAGGUCUAGCUCUUUAUGCUGAUCCUAAUUUUAAGGUCAUUGCUGCUUCAUAUCCAUAUUUUGCUAAAAGGCUUCUUACUGAUCCAAAUCCUUACCUCAGAGACGCCCUAAUUGAGUUGCUAUUCAAAGAUGGAAGAUUCAGGUGGAAUAGACUUGAAAAUCUUCUGGUUCAGGGGAGCAAAGAUAAGGAUUUCACUGCUAGUGAUGCUUUGCAGCCGGUCCUGAAACUCCUAUUAGAUCCCGAAGGCGAAGAAUUGCGAGUUUUGGUUGUCAAAGAGUCUGUUUAUGUUACUGAAGCUAUCGUGUUUGGCUCGAUGAUAGAUGCAUUCAAUUCAAUUCCACAACCUAUGAGGAGUUUAAUUUCCAGUGGUAAUACAAAUGGACCUCUGAAUCUCAAUGAUGGUGAACGUGAAAGAAUCCUUGAACUUCGUGAUAGGGUUUUCAGAAUAUGGAGCCUCUUGAGAUCCUCAAAUAAUUUUGAUCCAAGCAUUCUUGAACCAAUUCUACAG